AAGGCGUUGAAUUCCAAAUCAACUUGCUGAUGGUUCUCCUGUUCAAUUCUCUGAGGAAACUCAAAGACUGGAAACUGUCUACAGAAAAUAAUAAAGCAGGGAAAUUUGACGACGCAAUUCUAGAGUCGCCAGAGAGUGCCUUUUUGAUCCAAGCCAAAAAUAAAGAGAAAACGAAUUCGAAGAUAACCUUAAAUGCUCUGCUUUCCACGAAUCCAAAUAAUUCUUUCAGCUUGCCCAAGUAUUUUCUCUCAUACCAAGAAGUGAAAAAUCAAUUUAAAGGGAAGAAUACCAUUAUAAUUUGUACCAACGCAGGUUUCGAUAAGACGGCCUUGGAAUUUCUAGACACCCGCAGGAUUUGCACUGAAAGUGUGCUAUAUUGUGCUGAUGACAAUUGUUCAUCUCAUACAUUCAAUCUAAACAUUUUGAGCCGUUUAAAAGGAAAAGUUGAAAUAUACUGUCAGGACAAAAAUAUUGACCAAUCGGUAAACACCGAUAACAACUUGAAGGAUUUUUUGAAACGUUUACAAUUUUAUUCCAAUUACCCGUUGGGAAAUAAUAAUAAAGACAAAGACACUGAAAUAUUAGUGUCUCUUCUGAAUUGUUCUGGGAAUUUUUAUGGCCAUAUAUCAUGUUCGGAAAUAUACGCUAAAUUAAUGAAGUGGUUUCAGCAGAAACACGGCAUAUACUUAACUGAGACUACCGUUAAUGCUAUGUUUCUUGAAAUAAAAAGCGACCAGUACUGGCAAAAGUUGGAUAAGUAUGGCGUGUCCUUCCAAGGACAUUUGUUGAAUGUCCAAGACAAAACGCAAUUGUAUUAUGUUAAUGCUGAGGGAGGAUAUUUGCUCCAAGAAUUGAGAAUUCAUCAUUCCUUGAGAAAAUACAAAUCUAAAAUCCUCUACGCCAGUCCCGAUGAUGGUGGUAUCGAAUUACAAAAAAGGGCAAUAGAAGCAUUCGAGCUACCAUGUCAUACCUUUCUAAUAUUCUCUUGGCCUGAAGAUGGUCUAGAAGAAUCUGUAGUGGCCGAAAUAUGUGACAAAUUAAGAAACACCUUAAAUCAGUAUGAAAAGAAGAAAGUUAUUCUGGUGGCUAAGAGUGAUAAAUUAGUUCAUCAAAUUGGACUAAAUAGAAGCGUUUGUGGUAUUAUCGAUGAAUCUGUAACUUUCAAAGACUUUUGUCAGGUUUCUCAGUCUAAAUUAUUAAAGGAAAAAGUAGUUUUUCAAGGAAAAGAAGUUAGCUUAGAAGAAUUACUUGAAACACAAACCGAUCAGGAUUACACAAAAAAACUGUGUUCUGAAAUAUUAGAGGUAUUAGUGAAAGAAGAACAAAUUAGAGUGGGGCUAGAAGUACGUCCAUUGGAUGAACAAUUCGGUUAUUAUUACAUUGAUCGCAACUUGAUAAGAAUUAACGAUGAAAAAGGUUUUGGUAGAAAGAGAACGGAGACUAUUUCAGAGAACAAAAUAUAUGAGAUGAAGGAUAAAGUAGUAGUAAUCGCUGAUGCUGCAGGGAUGGGAAAGAGUACAAUCCUUUCUCAUUUAGCGGUUACAAUUAAGAACAACAAUCCUCAUCUGUGGGUCAUACGAAUCAACCUCAGUGACUAUACUGGGAUUUUUAAAAAUUUCCAAAAAAAAACUGAAACCAUAAAUAUUAUAGACCUACUAAAUUCUAAAGACACCAAACUAUCGAACCAAUUAGAAGAGGUGGUAUUUUCGAUGAACAAGAAAGUCGUCAUCAUGAUGGACGGGAUAGAUGAGAUCAGUCCCAAUUAUACAGAGCUUGUGGUAAAUUUGCUUCGUCAAUGUCAACAGGGAUCUAAUUUUGACAAAGUAUUCGUGACUACGAGGCCAAAUAUGACCCAAGAACUGGAAUCAAAGCUACUAGUGAAAUCUUUUACGUUACUGCCGUUUACAGAACGCGAUCAAAUACGUUUUCAUACAGAGUAUUGGGCGCAUAAUUUGAAAUUAGAUAGUAUCAAUAAGAAGAAAUGCGAGACAUACGCUUACAUACUGUUAAGAACAAUGUCGUCUUGGAUGAAUUUACAUCAAGAAGGUGAACAAAUUGGUGCGAUGCCACUACAGAUCAGAAUGUUAGCGGAGAUAUUUCAGACAAACGAUAGGUCAGAAGUAUCGAUGGAUUGGGAAGGUUGCAAAGAAUAUCUAGAAGGAAACGGAAUAUUAAAAUUACCAGAAAAAAGUAAUGUUGCAAAAAUCUAUGAGAUGUUUAUUGAGAAAAAACGAAACGUCUUUAAAAUUAAGGGAAAUCCAAACGGUAAUACGGCAGCGAAUGAAGCGCUUGUUGAUCAGUUUGAGGAGUGUCUCGCUUGUCACCGUUUGCUCGCCUUAGAAGAAAUUCUACGUAAAUCAGAGUGUGAAUUGUUCUCGCAUUACCAGCCAGUAGACAGAAAUGUGGAAACAAAGAUAUCGAAGAUGGGGAUCGUACAAAUAUCGGAAAAUAGAUUCUAUUUCGUCCACAGAACUUUUGCUGAAUACUUCGUCGCGGAAAGUUUGUUAAGUGAAUUGCAACUCCAAAUCAAAAAUCAAAAUGGAAAUUUUCAAAAAUUCUUCUUCGACGAAAUAUUAUUAAAGGCGAAAUUUAAAGUAGUUCGUACCUUUUUUGACAAUUUUCUUAGUAAAAUUGUUGACCAGUUACCUUCCAAUAUUUUCAGAAGUUAUCGAUCCUUAAGGUAUGAUAUCGAUUUGGAAGAUAAUUACUAUUUAAUUCAUAAUAUGGCGAGGGAGGGCUGUACAGCAAUUCUAGAACUACUCUUCAAAUGCAUCGAUUUUGAAGUUAUUAUAGGUAAAGGAAUUUAUAUUGAAAAUCUUUUGCAUGCUUAUUUUGACCAAAGGGUUCCUAGAUUCAUUUCUGCAAACACGUUGAUUGUUUUAUAUUCGCUAGUGGGAGUGGGUGGAGUUAACAUUUAUGAUGAUAUUCAUACACCAUUACUUUACGCUACUCAAGAAGGACACUUGGAAAUGGUGAAGUUUCUUGUUGAACGAGGUGCAAAUGUGGAUCCGAUAAAUUCUAUGAGGCCAUUGUGGAUUGCUAUAAAUCGUUCUCACUUCGACAUGGUAAAAUUCAUGGUACAGCAUGGAGCAGAUAUUAAAAGAAAAAAUACUAAAGGUGGUACUAUACUUUAUAAAGCCAUCUCUAUGAAUCACGUAAAUAUGGUGGAAUUCCUUCUGGACAGCACAUUGGAGUGCAACAGAUGGGAUGAAGUAGGCCCGAUUAUUCCAUACACGUUUGCUUAUUUAGGACGAUUAAACCGACUGGAGAGUUUGGUGGAAGAGGGCUUCGACGUAAAUAGGUCAGUAGAAAAUCAAGAAACCAUAAUUUUUGGUGCCGCACUAGGUGGGCAAUUAGAUACCAUCGAAUAUCUGGUAGAUCGAGACGUCGAUAUCAACGCCAGGGACGAGAAGGGUAACACGAUGCUUCAUCUGACUGCUAUGAGACCCUCGCUUAUAUCGACUGCUAAAUUGUUAAUCGAAUUAGGUAUAAACAUGAACGUUAAAAACUUAGAUGGCUCCUCAGAGCUACAUUUAGCAAUCCGCAACCUGGAUAUGGUUAAACUACUAGUGGAAAAUGGCGCAAAAGUGAAUGAGAAGAACAAUCGAGGACAAACAGCUCUCCACAUUGCCGCCGAGACAGGCAUAUUGGAAACGGUUGAAUUUCUUAUAGAAAAUGAAUCGGACGUUAAUAUUAGAAGCAAUAGUGGCGGAACGGUACUGCAUUCUGCUGCCGCAGCUGGUCAAUUGGGCAUUGUCAAAUUCCUCGUAACUAGACUUGGUGUAGACUUCAAUGUUACUGAUAAUAACGGUUAUACGCCAUUACAUUCAGCUUGUGAAUGCUUUGUGUACUCAGCUCUUUCAACGGGUCAGUUAGACACUAUCAAAUUUCUAGUGGAACAUCAUGCAGAUUAUAAUAUUAGAAAAAAUGAUGGCGGCUCGGUACUACAUACAGCUGCUAUGUGUGGUCAGCGGGACAUAAUCGAAUAUUUUGUAGAACUGGGUGUUGAUGUCAAUAUUAGUGAUGAUAAAAAACGUACGCCGCUACAUGUUGCUGCCCUGCGGGAUGAAUUGAACGCUGCUAAAUGUCUGGUGGAACUUGGUGCUGACGUUAAUCUUAGAGAUAACAAAGACUGCACCCCAUUACAUUUGUCUGCCUUGAACGAUAAGCGCGACAUCGUCAAAUUUCUUUCCAAAGGUGAUAUAGAUAAUAAUAUUAGAGGAAAUGAUAAUGAAUUGACGUUACCCAUCGUGGAGCAAAAUAUAAGUUUUAAAUACGUUCUGGGCAGAACCACUUUACAUUUUGCUGCAGAAGAGGGCGACUUGGACGUCACCAAAUACCUUGCGAGUCUAAAUGUAAACUUAAAUAUUACUGAUGAUAAUGGCGAGACACCGUUGCAUUAUGCUGCUUUUGCAGGUCGCUUGGACGCUGCCCGAUGCCUUGUACCACUUGGUUCGGACGUUAACAUUAGAGACAAAAACGGCCUCACCACAUUACAUUACGCUGCUAUGAGCGGUCAUCGAGACUUGGUCCAGUUGUUUCUGGAUCAUGGCGUGGGUGUAAAUAUUAGAGAAGGCAACGGCCAUACAGCAUUACAUUUUGCUGCUCAGGAAGGUUAUUUUGAUGUUGUUAAAUACUUAGUGGAACGCGAUGGGGACGUAAACGUUGCAGAUAACGAGGGCCGUACCGCGUUGCACUUAGCGACUCUGAUGAGCCCAAAGAUAUUGCGUUAUAAACAUUCUAUUCAGAAGGAUUAUCUAAGUAUUAUUAUCUUCCUAACUGCUAAAACCUAACCUAACUGCCAUGUUGAAUAGGAGUAGCUUACUUUAGCACUUGGAAACCAAACAUAAAUAAUUUGUUAAGUUACUCUUCCUUGUACCGCAGGAAAAUAGUGCAUUUUUUCUAAUAAUCUAACGAAAGAUGUUAAAUUUGUUUCCACCAUUUCAGUCUAAUGUUCUCGAUUCUGGAUCGCACUAAAUGAUCAAUCAUCACGAAUCAGUACCGGCAAACACUCCUUUGAAACAUUAAUUUUGCGUUCCAAUCUUUAAUAACACAGGUCAACAAGGAAAAAAUUCCAGAGAUCAGACACUCUGUUUCCGAAGGCAUUUGGCAC